AUGUUGCAGCUGAGAUCGGAGGCAACAACGUUGAUCCCCUUCUCCUUAAACUUGGCGGCGUUCUCCACGAUCCCUAGAAGGUUCUUUUGUGAUGAAUAUUCGUCCUUCUCCACGAACCCUGGGAGUAUCUGUAACAUGAUGAAGAAUUACAUUUUGGAUGAGGGACAUACUAAGCUUGAUCCCAUGAGCAUACCAGAAGUGACAUCUUUGUUGCUUACCUUUGAAGCCAGGCCUGAGAGGCUAGAACAAGUGCAAGUCAACAAUGGAGGACUAGAAAAAGCAAUGUGGAGUAGCAGUAUGAUGUAA